AUGGCAGAAACGGUUCUCUCCUUUGUGCUGGAUCAACUCUCAACUUUUCUGCGCGAGGAGGGACGACUAUUGGGAGGGCUACGGCAAGAGGUCCAAUUCAUCAGGGAUGAGUUGGGGCACAUGAGGGCUUUCCUGAGAGAGGCAGAAACAAAAGAAGAAGAUGCUCAACCCAGGCUCCAAGAAUGGAUCAAGCAAGUGCGAGAAGCUGCUUAUGACACUGAAGACAUUCUUGAUGAAUUUGUAGCUCGCUUUGCUCGGCACCGCACAACAGGAUUCUACGGCUCUGUUAGGAGAAUUUUCAGCUCCAUCAAGAAUUUGAGAGCUCGUCAUCGGGUUGCUAGCGAAAUACAAAGCAUCAAGUCCAGAAUCAACAGUAUUUCUGAAGGUCAUCAAAGAUACCAAUCCGAAUACGGUAUCUCUGCCCAAGCGUCCAACUCACUAUCUGCUGUGAACAACGCAACCUGGCGCUAUAGCAGAGAUGACGCACUGCUUGUGGAAGAAGCUAAAUUAGUUGGCAUUGACCAGCCCAAGAAGCAUCUAAUUUCUCAGCUCCUCCAAGGGGAUGAUUACCAACUAAAAGUUGUUUCAGUGGUUGGUAUGGGAGGACUUGGCAAAACUACCCUAGUGAAAAAAGUCCACGAGGAUCUUGAAGUCAGAAGGCAUUUCCCAAUUCGUGCUUGGGUAACUGUCUCUCAGACAUGUGACUUUCAGUACCUCCUGAAAGACUUGAUUCAACAGUUACACAAGGAAGGGAAGAAACCAGUCCCACAAUCGAUCGAGUCUUCGAAUACCACCGAGCUGAAAGAAAUUAUCAAAGAUUUUCUUCAACAAGCUGGAAGGUAUGCAAUUGUUUUUGAUGAUGUAUGGGACGUGGAAUUUUGGAAUAUCAUCAAAUUUGCACUGCCCGAGAGUAGCCGUGGCAACCGUGUCAUGCUAACAACUCGAAGAGCUGAUGUAGCCUCUGCCUCUUGGCAUUGA